AUGCUCAAAGCACGAGGAAGAAACAAGGUGAAGGUGGAACCCAAAGGCAGAGACUUCACGGGAUUCCUGCACCAGGCUGGGGAUGAUGGGCUUUGGACUCCAAACCUCUGGCCUUCCUCCUCCUCUUCAUCCCAUUUCCUGCACCAGUGGAAGCACAAAUGUCGCUUCCUCAACGGGACGCAGCGGGUGAGGCUCCUGCUCAGGUACUUCUACGACCUCGAUAUUCUUGGGGGGUGGGGGUGGGGGGUGGAGGCGGACAGGUGGAACAAUGAUAAAAAAAGUUCCUGCAGUACACGAAGGCCCAAGUGGACUCUGUCUGCCGACACAACUACUGGCUGUUCAACUACGAGGCAGCACCUCAUCGGCCGGAGACCCAAGCCUACCGUCACCAUCUCCCCCACCAAGAUGGACCCCGCUUCCCCCAACACCAUCCUCCUCUGCACCGCAAGGGGCUUUUACCCUCUGGAGAUUGAGGUCCAGUGGCUGAAGAACAGCUGGCUGGAAGAGGAGGACGUGGCCUUCGGGGAGGAGCUCCAGAAUGGAGACUGGACAUAUCAGCUCCAGGUGAUGCUGGAGACCCAGCCCCAGCGGCGGGACCUCUACGCUUGCUGGGUGGGGCACACCAGCCUGGAGGCCCCCAUCACCGUCCAGUGGGAGCCCCGUUCAUCCAGCUCUGCCAGGAGCAAACUGUGGACGGGGAUCAUGGGGGCCGUGAUAGGAGUGGCCUUCCUGGCUGUGGGGCUUUUCUCCUACCUGAAGAACAAGAAAGAUGAGUCUGUACCUAUCUAUCAACCUACCUACAUAU